CGGAUGGACAUUCUUGUAGAGUUAGAUCGUGGCAACACAAACAGCCCAAGGCAGAGCAAUGAUCUGUGUAAAAAAAGCACUGCUGGAGUAAAAGAUGGACUUGCUUCUUUUGAAGCGCUUUAACAUGAAAUUGUCUGAAAAUAGAAACAGGAGUAGUACUACACUGUGUAGAAUAGGUACUAGUUGGAUGGGUCGUGUGGUUGCAGGGCUGCUAAGCAAAAUUUUUUUUAUACUUAUUUGAACCUGAACUUGAUUUCCCAUUCCCUUAGUCCCUGAGAAUAUGUCUGGUAAUUCACGAGUCUUUUUUGAGCUCGCCGUUGGCGAUUUGGAAAAGCAGCAAGAGGAGGAGGCAAAGUGGACAAGAUUCGUUGAGUUUGUUACGUCAAAAGGCUCUGCUUACGGCGCUGAAGCGAAAACAGCCGAUGAUGUUUCGAAACUGGACGCUGAGCAACUGGAAACUCUGGCUGAAGUUUGUAGGUCGAGCGGAAGCGACGGCUGUAGCGACAUACGCACUAGUGCCCCGGCGUCAGCGGUGCUAGGACGUGUAGUUUUCGAGUUGAACAAAAAGGACUGCCCAAAAACGAGCGAGAAUUUUCGAGCGCUGUGCACUGGAGAAAAAGGUGUGGCUCCGAAAGGCCACAAGAAACUUCUCAGCUUCGCGAACUCGACCUUUCAUCGCAUAGUGCCUGGCAAGUUUUUGCAUGGCGGAGACUUCACGCGUGGCGACGGCUCUGGUGGCGACUCGAUUUACAACGGAAAAUUUAAUGAUGAGAAGCCAGGACUCAAAUUUAUGCACGAUCAGAAGGGCCUCCUUUCGAUGGCAAAUAGCGGAAAAAACUCGAAUACAUCCCAAUUCUUCGUCACUCUGGACGCCUGUCCGAAACUAGACGGGAAGCACGUCGUCUUUGGUCGUGUUGUCUGCGGCAUGGAAAUUGUCGAGCUUGUCGCUACGCGGUGUGACCCCGAUGCAGGAAAAGAGAUGCCGCGCGAAACGAUAACUAUCACGGCCUGCGGGGAGUGUUGAAUCCUCUUACUUCUAGGGCUAGUUUUGUUGCCAUCCCCUGGACCACCUUCAAAGAUAAGGAUUGUACCUUCAUCAUAACCCACGUGUGAACAGGUGCUGAUCGUACUUUCACAAUCAUUGAUUUGAGAUACCUCGCUGCGCCAUUGAUACUGGUAAGAAAAACAAAAGCAAACCAUGGAGUGAGUGUUCAAAAACUUCGCUUCUAUUAUACUCACUCGGCAUUAUCGCCAGCAAAUGAAAAUGUUUC